AUGAAACUCGAUAAAGACAAAUCGGGUUCCAUCGAUAGGGAAGAAUUUCUUUCUAUUCCACAAAUCGCAAACAAUCCAUUAGCAUCAAGAAUGAUUGCAAUAUUUGAUGAGGACGGUGGUGGUGAUGUGGAUUUCAAGGAAUUUAUUGCUGGAUUGAGUACAUUUAGUGCAAAAGGAAAUAAAGUUGAAAAACUGCGUUUUGCUUUCAAGGUUUAUGAUAUGGAUAGAGAUGGAUUUAUUUCAAAUGGCGAGCUGUUUCUCGUCCUAAAAAUGAUGGUUGGAAAUAACCUCAAGGACAAUCAACUUCAACAGAUUGUUGAUAAAACGAUCAUGGAAGCUGAUAAAGAUAUGGAUGGGAAAAUUUCGUUUGAGGAAUUCUGCGCGGUGGUGGAAUCAACCGAUAUCUCAAAGAGUCUAACCUUGACUGAAUUUUAG